GAAAGCGGUAAAGGAGGAAAUUUUACAACUCAAUGAAAUGGAGGAGAAACCUCAUCAUUUGAUACCCAAAGAAGAAUCUCUGAGCUGCUAUAUAACUGUGAGGAGUUUGUCACCUAAAAGGAACAACAAGCAAAAGGCAAAAGCCAAUGAUGCUCUUAUUUGCCCUCAGUGUGGAAAGACCUAUAAUAAGAAAUAUAAACUUAUUGAGCACAUAAGAAUUCACACUGGAGAAAGACCUUACAGAUGUGAUCAGUGUGGAACAACUUUCAUUCGCAAGUCUUGCCUUGAUGUUCACAAAAGAAUUCAUACUGGAGAAAAGCCUUACAGAUGUGAUCAGUGUGGCAAAACCUUCAAGAAUAAAUACCACCUUACUGAGCACAUGCAAAUCCACAAUGGUGAAAAACCUUACAACUGUGAUCAGUGUGGGACGACCUUCACUCGCAAGUCUAGCCUUAAUGUUCACAUGAGAAUUCAUUCUGGAGAAGAGCCUUACAGCUGUGAUCAAUGUGGAAAGACCUUCAAGAAAAAAAUGCACCUUAAUAUGCACACGAGCAUUCAUACUGGAGAAGGGCCUUACAACUGUGAUCAGUGUGGAAAGACCUUCAAUAAUAAAUGGCACUUUAAUGAGCACACAAAAAUUCACAAUGGAGAAAAACCUUACAGAUGUGAUCACUGUGGAAAGAGUUUUAUUCGUAGGGCUGACAUUAAUUGGCAUAAGAAAAUUCACACUGGAGAAAAACCUUACAGUUGUGAUCAGUGUGGAAAGAGUUUUAAUCGUAGAAUGAAUCUCAUCAGGCACAUAAGAAUUCACACUAGAGAAAAACCUGAUGUAUCUGGUGUCUCUCUGUGUGGCUUUACUGAUCAAACAUCUACAGAUCUUCUGGUUUCUGUCUGUAAUGAAGACCAGAAGACAUCAGUGAAUCUGCUGGACUGUGGGAUAGAAGUGAAACAAGAAGACACAGAAGCAGAUGAAGAUGAUUUGAUUUAUUCAGAUCAGAAAGCAAUAAAGGAGGAAAUUUCACAACUCAAUGAAAUGGAGGAGAAUCCUCAUCAUUUGAUACCCAAAGAAGAAUCUCUGAGCUGCUCGAUUACUGUAAGGAAUUUGUCACCUAAAAGGAACAACAUUACAGAAACCCCUUACAGAUGUGAUCAGUGUGGAAAGACCUUCAAGAAUAAAUGGGACCAUAAUGUUCACAUGAGAAUUCACACUGGAGAAAAACCUUACAGAUGUGAUCAUUGUGGAAAGAACUUCAUUUGUAAGUCUGACCUUAAUGGGGACAUGAAAAUUCACACUGGAGAAAAGCCUUACAGAUGUGAUCAGUGUGGAAAGAGCUUCAAGAAAAAAUAUAAUCUUUAUGUUCACAUGAAAAUCCACAGGGGAGAAAAACUUAACAGCUGUGGUCAGUGUGGAAAGAGUUUCAUUUGGAAGUCUGAUCUUAAUGUGCACAUGAAAAUUCACACAGGAGAAAAACCUUACAACUGUGCUCAGUGUGGAAAGAGUUUUAGUCGAAAGUCUGACUUUAAUGUGCACAUAAAAAUUCACACUGGUGAAAAACCUCACAGCUGUGCUCAGUGUGGAAAAACCUUCACUCGCAAGUUUAGCCUUAAUGUUCACAAGAGAAUUCACACUGGAGAAAAACCUUACAGAUGUGAUCAGUGUGGAAAGAGUUUCAUUUGUAGGCCUGACCUUAAUGUGCACAUGAAAAUUCACACGGGAGAAAAACCUUACAACUGUGCUCAGUGUGGAAAGAGUUUUAGUCGGAAGUCUGACCAUAAUGUGCACAUAAAAAUUCACACUGGUGAAAAACCUCACAGCUGUGCUCAGUGUGGAAAAACCUUCACUCGCAAGUUUAGCCUUAAUGUUCACAAGAGAAUUCACACUGGAGAAAAAUGAUCAAUGUGGAAAAACCAUAAAGAAUAAAUACCAUCUUUCUGAGCACAUGAAAAUCCACAAUGGAGAAAAACCUUACAGAUGUGAUCAGUGUGGAAAGAGUUUUAUUCUUAAAGCAACACUAAAGAGUUUUUGCUCUUUGCUCCCCCUACAGGUUGAAAAGGGAAUUGUCCAUUAUCACUGUUGUAAAUAAUUUAGCCUACUGCAGCAUAGCUUGCUCUGAUUGGAUUGUAGGUCUGCCGUAAAGCAAGUUUUUGUAGUUUUCACUACAACUACAGGACCGCGACCCGACGGUUGUAAACUUCUUUAGUGCAGUUUUGGCCAAUAGAGGGCUGCAAAGCGAAUGUGAAAGUGCCUGUUACCCUGUUUCGAGUGGAUGAACGACAGAAACUAUCUUGGAAACGUUAUUUUAAGGUAAAAAAACUCUUUGGUGUUGCUUUAAGGUUAAUCUCAACAAACACAUGAUUAUUCACACUGGAGAAACGGCGUUAACUCUUUCCCCUCGAGCGUGUCCGGAAAGACAGAAAUACUCGUCAUUGGCAGGGAAGCGUUUUCUUAUAAUUGACGAGUAAACUCGUCAGUUAGCCUCUUGACAUUUAGAAAAAACGUUUAGUUGACAGAAUCCAUUAACGGUCUGAAAUGCUCAUUUACAAUAAAACACAUCAGGGCGGUUCCAGACCCUUUUAGGGGGGCUUCAACCACAAUGUCUAUCAUCUUAGCCAGUUUGCUUUUUAAAGAUAGAUAGAUAUGUUUUUUUUUAAGGCCAAACACUACAGGCAAAAUAGCCAUUUUUGAGCAUACUGCUCAAGUUUCAGAUUUGGGCUUAUUUUGCUUCUAUAACAUGUCUAAGUUAACACUGAUAAUAUUAACAUUUCUAAAUCACACAUUAAAGGUGCUGCAAAUCAGUAGUAUUUUUCUUGUUUUAUACUGGUGUCUGAGGUCGUCUUAUGAUAUAUUAGCAUGAUUUUUACAUUUAUAAAAACUCAAAAGCAAUACAUCAUAGGUUGGACGUGACGAGACACGAAAAUUGGGUCCGCGAGACGAGGCAAGAUGUUUACACUUUUUUACAAAUAAAAUGUUGUUAAAAUAAAAAUACAUUUUUUAAACAAAA